AAGCCUUAGACCAAUACAAUAAGACUCACUUUGUGUCUUCAAGCUACAGUUGUUUCGCUUCUUUAUGCAAAACUUUGUUCUUUCACUCAGAGAAGGACCUCUUUAUUUUUUUUUCUCUUGGCUCUUUAUGCUCUGUCUCUCUCUCUCCCUCUCAGGUAGACAUUACAAAUUUGGAUCUUCAGAAGACAAGGGAAAAGAAUGGCAUCGCUUACUCCUGGAGUCCUACUAAAGCUUCUUCAGAGUAUAAAUUCCAAUGUAAAAGUUCGUGGAGAAUAUCGAUCCGUUCUACUGCAAGUGAUUAGCAUUGUGCCUGCCUUAACUGGGUCUGACUUGUGGCCUAAUCAAGGCUUCUUCAUAAAAGUCUCUGACUCGUCUCAUUCGACAUAUGUCUCACUAUCAAGAGAAGACAAUGAGCUCAUCUUGAACAACAAGUUGCAACUUGGGCAGUUUUUAUAUGUUGAUAGGGUGGAAGCUGGAAGACCAGUUCCUAUUCUUGUUGGAGUGAGACCGGUCCCAGGACGCCACCCUUUUGUGGGGAAUCCAAAGGAUUUGAUGCAAAUGUUAGAGCCAUCAGAGGGUCCAGUCCAAUCUGACAAUGAAGGAACAAAUGGCACAAAAUUGAAUGAGUUAUUGGAAGUGAAGGAGGAAAUCUCAAGGCAGAAAAUUGUAAUCAAAGAGGAAAAGGCAGCUGUUGCAUCCAGGUACAUGCAGGGUGUUUUGACACCAAAUAAUGCUAAGGCAAGUGUGGCAGAAUCAAAUGAAAGUGGGAAGAGCAAUGAGAAUGAGAAUGUUGGAGCAAGUAAGAAGAUUGGAUUAGUGAAAGGAAAGCAGCAAGAGCUGAAAGGUCAGACACGCUCAAUGACUCCUUCCCGAAAUCGAUCUGAUGCACUUUCAUCAAAGCCAGACGUAGCUGUAUCUGACAACAAGGAGACUGCAGUGCCUUCGAAGAGCACUCCUGCAAAACGUACUUCAAGUAAACAGGAAAACAUGAACUUUAAUUUUUUAUCAAACAAUAAAGACAAAAACCAAUCAGCUGAGGCAAUUUUAUGGGCUUCUCUACCUGCUAAACUUUCGAAGCCAGGGAAGGGAAUGCUUAGAAGGAGAAAUUUAGCUUCUUUGGUUGCAGCAGAAGCUCAAAAGGAGGCAUCCACAGCUGCAACUCUUGUCAAGUGCCUCAAUAUGUUUGCUGAUCUCUGCGCAUAUUCCUCACCAGAGAACCCCCACCUAUAUCUCACCAAGUUCUUCACACUAUACCAGCUCAUUGAACAACCAAAUGUAGCAGAUCCAUUAAAGAAUAAAUCACUUCAGUUAUUGACUCACCAAUCUGCUCCAAACACAGACAAAACUAGCAAAAAGGCUGGUCUUAUUCACGGUAAAAGUAUGUUAAAGUCUCCAAAGCUCCCUAUUGAGUUAAGUGGGACUGAGAAAUCAGAAUGGGCUAAAGGGGAUGGUGCAAAAGAGAUCAAAGAACUUAGAGAGGUUCUCUUAAAUGAAACAAGAUCUUGGUUUUUGAAAUUUUUGGAGGGAGCAUUGGAUAUUGGAUUUCGUGUAGUUACCCAAGAGAAGAAAGGUAAGGACAGUGCAGGACGGCGAAUGGAGCCAGACAACCAUAUUGCUGUCACAUUGUCACAGCUUAAGCAUGCAAAUGAGUGGUUGGAUAAACUGACAAGCAAAUUGAGCUCAGAAAAUGAUGGAUUAGCAGAGACAGUUGAGCGGUUGAAGCAGAAAGUUUAUUCUUGUUUGCUUGCUCAUGUAGAGUCUGCUGCAUCAGCUCUGGAGAAUCGUAGUUGAUUGAUCAACAAAGGAUGGUUUUAAAAACUUUGUUUGUCUUAUGAUGUUUGAAAAUAACUUAUGGUUAAGGUGACGUGGAUUGCUAACUACAGAUGAUAGGAGCGGAACAAUGUUCUUGAGGUGUUGGCCAAACAGGUUUGUAUUGCAAAUUAUUUAUUAGUUUAGUUGUGUAUGAAAAUAAUUAAGGCCACCAAAGGUCCAUAUUAAUGUAAAUGGUGUGUGUGUGUGUGUGUGUUAUUUCCUCCUUAAUGGAUCCUCUACCUAAUUUAAAGAAUAAAUAGAACGAUAUGUCAAGAAUAUGUAGGACAAAUGAUUAUGUAUGAAGAUGAAACAUUGUGAUA